AUGCAGACGGGCAAGGUCCCCAUCAACCUGAGGCGCUUCAUGGACUAUCUGGGCCAAGACCACCUCACCGGCGUCCUUUACGGCUUGGUGAACCUGAUCGUGUGUGUGCCGUCAUUGGUAUCUUACGCGCACAUCGUGUUCCCACAAGCAGAGUUCUUGCAGUAUAUGCCGGCCAUCGUCAAGAUCUAUUUCCUCAGCUCCGCAGUGAUGCAGUUGGCAAUGACGCUGCUCUCGUCCAUCGUGUUUUCCAUCGGGCAGAUUCAGGAUGUUGGGCUCAUCUUCUUGGCUGGCAUGGUGCGCAACAUCGUGCACUGGGGCCGGCUGAGCUCAUUGUCACCUGCGGUGCUUGUCACCACGGGGCUGUGGCAAUGCCUCAGCAGCACCGUAAUCGUUGGGAUUGGCCUCAUCGUCGUCGGCUGUUCCAAAGUGAGCCAGUACAUCCAAAUGCUGCCCUUGCCGGUGGUAGGAGGAUACUUGGGCUACAUUGGCUACUUCUGUUUAGCGGCUGGCCUGAGCAUCGGCACUGGCCGAGAGGUGAAUGGACCUGAGACGUUGCUGCAGCUCUUGGAUCCAGCGCUCCACCUGAAGCUGCUCCUCCUGUCAGGUAUGACUCUGGCCAUGCUCUUAGUGCACUUCCAGGUGAAGCAUUUUCUGGGCAUGCCAGUACUGCUGAUGCUGCUGCCCGUUCUCUUCUUCGUCGCUGCGGCAGCAGUCGGAACAUCCGUGGAGGAAUGCAGAGAGCUCGGACUCCUUCCGUAUCCACGCCCAGAGCCAGAUAUGAAGGACUUCUUCGACCUGUUCAGUCCAAGCAGAGUGCAGGGGCAGAUGCUGAAGAUGAAUGCAGUGAAAGAUGCCAGCGCGACAGGCUUUCCCAUAGUCCGGCUCUUCGUGGCACACGAAAGUUCAGGGAGGAUACCCGAUCGAUCCCAGGUGAGCCACAGCGACGACAGCGGCCCAAGCACCACGGACGUGCGCUUGGCAGCUGAGCUGCAGAAUUUAGUCCGGGUGCCACGGCAGAAGUGGCCGAAAGGCAGCACCCGGAAGCUGUUCGAGUGGCAUAUCCCAUAUCCACGCAUGGUGACAUCAUCGCUUGGGCCUGCAUACGAGCCGGUGGAUGGUCAAGAAGAGACUUGCUCCAACCAUGAGUUCGUGCCCAUCGGAGAGAUCCCUCAAGUGGAGGAGACCUGGGCAUAUUGGGACACUGAGUAUGGCAUGCAGAACGAGUGGGGCCUCUCCAUCGGAGAGAGCACCGGAACUGGUAUGACAGUUGGCUGGCCGGCAACGCCCGACAAGCCCUGGGGCUUCUGUCGAGUCGGGAUCGAGGACCUCACAAAGCUAGCGAUGGAACGCUGUCGUACUGCCAGGUGUGCCGUGCAGACGAUGGGAGAUAUUGCUGUCGACCAGGGCUUCUUCAGCUCCGACUCGGGCAGCCCCGACAAGCCAGCGUACAGUGGCAGCAGCGAGGUGCUGGUCGUCGGUGAUGCGGAGCCUGGAGAACUGUGGAUCUUCAACGUUCUGACUGGUAGGAACAAUGCCAGUGCCAUUUGGGCAGCCCAGCGUGUGCCCAGCAACCAUGUCGUGGCUGUUGGAAAUUCGUUCACCAUCCGGAGUCUGAAUCUGUCGGACUCCGAGAACAAUCUCUUCAGCCCAGGCGUCACCGACUUAGCUGUGGAGAAGGGUUGGUGGCAUCCCUCCGAAGCGAAGUUCCCAGGUGUCUUCGACUUCUUCGGUGCAUAUGGCUAUCAGCCGACGGCAGAGAACACGGCCAUUGACGACAUCGCAAGCAUCAGGAACCUCAUGGCCUACUACAGUGGCCGGCGCAUGUGGCGCAUCUUUUCCCUUCUCAGCCCAGGUGAAGGUGAGAAGUUGGAUCCGAACUUGGGAAAUCUGCCCAAGACGAAGAAUCCAUAUCCGCCCUCGGUGCCGGCACCGCGUGGCUCUGUGACUCGAUCGAUGGUCAUGAACACCUUGCGCGACCACUACGAGGGCACGCCUUACGACCUGACGAAGGGCAUGGCUGCCGGGCCGCACGGCACGCCCAACCGGGGCCCCAUCACGGGCAUCAAGGGGCAGUGGGAGCGAGCCAUCUCGAUGUUUCGCACGGCAUACUCGUAUGUGUUGGAGAUUCGGCCAAACCGGCGGAGCAUCACAUGGUUUGGCUAUGACGCUGCGCACGGCACGGUGUGGAUGCCGUUCUAUGGCUCGUCACCCAUCCCAGCGCCGCAGAUGUACACUGCGCACGGCCUGAACAUGUCCACCUUCAACACGGAUGCAGCUUGGUGGGCAUUCAACCUCGUGAACCAGUACUCCGACAUCAACUUCCAGCUCAUCAACGGCGAGACUCGCGCGAAGGCCAACGAGAUCGAGCUGGAGGCGGCGAAGCUGGUGAAGGUUUGGGAAGCAUCCGUCGACAGCUCCGGCGAGGAGGAUGAUCUGGCUAUACUGGCUGCCAAGACCAAUGCAUAUGCUGAGGCGAAGGUCCAGGAGUGGUGGAAGUUUGCCUGGUACCUCAUCGCCAAGUAUGGCCGGUGCUGGCCCUGGUACCCCUGGCUUACUUUGCCGGGCUCUGGCAUGGCAGACGACCGAAGGAGUAGGGAGAGGGAGGAGGAGAAGGAGGAGGAGCAGAAGCAGAUGUUGUUGCUUUGGUUGUGA